CGCUUUGCGGCCGUGCAGAGAUUUCAUCAUGCAGUGUGAGUGAGUCCCCAGUCCAUGCUGCUGCUCAGAUCCCUCCCCGCCCUGCUGCACCAUCUCCAGCCUCGCUCUCUGGGAGCCCCCCUGCUGCUCCAGCGACUCCAUCACCCUCAGCCAGCACAGCCAGCCCGCCCAGCCCGGGCCCAGCACCCUCAGCCAGCCCACCCAGCACAGCCCCGCACAGCCGGCAUGGAGGGCAACAUAGAGGAGCAGCUCGCUCCCCUCAGACAGGCGGUCAAACAGCAGGGUGACCUAGUACGGCAGCUGAAACAGGAUCAAGCACCACAAGUGGAUGUGGACAGAGCGGUGGCCGAGCUGAAAGCAAGAAAAAGGGCAUUGGAAGCAAAGGAAUUAUCACUCCAACCCAAGGAUGACAUCGUGGACCGAACCAAAAUGGAGGAUACGUUGAAACGACGCUUCUUUUAUGACCAAGCCUUUGCCAUUUACGGAGGGGUCAGUGGACUGUACGAUUUUGGGCCUGUUGGAUGCGCCUUGAAAAAUAACAUCAUCCAGACCUGGAGGCAGCAUUUUAUCCAAGAAGAACAGAUCCUGGAGAUAGACUGCACGAUGCUCACCCCGGAACCUGUUCUCAAAACCUCCGGUCAUGUUGAUAAGUUUGCAGACUUCAUGGUGAAAGAUGUAAAGAAUGGAGAGUGCUUUCGUGCAGACCAUCUUUUAAAAGCCCACCUCCAGAAAUUGAUGUCUGACAAGAAAUGCACGUCAGAUAAAAAGGCUGAAAUGGAGAGCGUCUUGACACAGAUGGACAACUACGGUCAACAAGAUCUUGCAGACCUCUUUGUGAAGUACAAUGUCAAGUCUCCCAUAACGUUAAAUGAUCUCUCUCCUCCUGUCCCCUUCAACCUGAUGUUCCAGACUUCCAUUGGGCCUGGUGGAAACAUGGUCGGAUACUUGAGACCAGAAACCGCACAGGGGAUCUUCCUUAACUUUAAACGGCUUUUAGAAUUUAACCAGGGAAAACUGCCGUUUGCUGCGGCUCAGAUUGGGAAUUCUUUUAGGAAUGAAAUUUCACCCCGUUCUGGACUCAUCAGAGUACGAGAGUUCACCAUGGCAGAAAUAGAGCACUUUGUAGACCCCAAUGAAAAACAACACCCCAAAUUUGAGAAUGUAGCCGACUUGAACAUAUUGCUAUACUCUUCCCAAGCUCAGUUGAGUGGGGAGUCUGCCACAAAAAAGCGACUAGGCGAUGCUGUUGAGCAGGGUGUGAUUAAUAAUUCUGUCCUGGGAUACUUUGUUGGUAGAAUCUAUCUGUACCUGGUGAGAGUGGGAAUCUCGCCUGAGAAGCUGCGUUUCAGACAGCACAUGGAGAAUGAGAUGGCGCAUUAUGCUUGCGAUUGCUGGGAUGCUGAAGCUAAAACCUCCUAUGGUUGGAUAGAAAUUGUUGGCUGCGCAGAUCGAUCAUGUUAUGACCUCUCCUGUCACGCCAGAGCCACUAAAGUCCCCCUCGUUGCUGAAAAGCCACUUAAGGAACCCAUAUCUGUGAAUGUAAUUCAGUUUGAUGCCAAUAAGGGAGCCCUCGGCAAAGCCUUCAAGAAAGAUGCUAAACUGGUCAUGGAAUAUCUCGCUAUCUGCGAUUCCUGCUACAUCACAGAAAUGGAGCAGCUGCUAAACGAAAAAGGGGAAUUUACCAUUGAAACAGAAGGGAAGACAUUUCAGCUAACGAAGGACAUGGUCAGCGUAAAGAAGUUUCAGAAAACCAUACAUGUCGAGGAAAUUGUACCAAAUGUGAUUGAGCCCUCAUUCGGUCUUGGAAGGAUCAUGUACACGGUUUUCGAGCACACAUUCCAAAUCCGACAAGGAGACGAGCAGAGGACGUACUUCAGCUUCCCUGCCAUUAUUGCACCAUAUAAAUGCUCUGUGCUUCCUCUCAGCCAAAAUCAGGAAUUUGUACCAUUUGUCAAAGAAUUAUCUGAAGCAUUAACGAAGAAUGGUGUAUCCCACAAAGUGGACGACUCUUCAGGUUCCAUAGGAAGACGCUAUGCCCGCACAGACGAGAUCGGUGUGGCCUUUGGAAUUACUAUAGACUUUGAUACAGUCAACCGCACACCUCACACCGCAACACUUAGAGACCGUGACAGCAUGAGGCAAAUCCGUGCUGAGAUUUCUGAACUUCCUGGGAUUGUUCGCGACUUGGCAAACGGUUUCAUAAGUUGGGCAGAAGUGGAGAAGAAGUAUCCAAUUUUUGAGGGACAGGAGACUAGCAAAAAAGACACAGAGGAAUAACUGCUUUAGAGAAUCAUUUUUUCUUUCUAUUGAUGAUAAUAUUCAACAUAAUUAAUGUGACAAUUAAGGGACGAUGGCAUCGUUUGAUGCUUACAGGGAUCAUCCUUAAUUAUAUCUCGAUCACAUUUCCACACAGUCCGAUAUUAAAUGACAUGGUAAUAUAUAUUUUUUUGUCUGUUUUUGUCGUAUGCAAUAGAUGGCAAAUCCAUAUUGAACCAAAGGAUAUUUGAGGGUCACCCGAUAGGAAGUCAUUUUCAAGCGAUAUCUAUUAAUUUGAUUGCAUACAUCUUUCACACGCGCAUUCUGUAUGUGUAUAUAACAGUCAAAAAGCUGACCAUUGACCAGAAGCAAAAUAUUAAAGAAUAUCAUUGUCAA